CAACUAGAACCAUCACUCUCAGAAUCCGGGAUCCAUACAUAUGUGACUACAUUAGACAAGCAAGGGUAUAAUUAGAACUUCUUACAGGUCGUGGAACAGCUGACCAGAUUAAGGAGGAGGGGGCGAGGGGAUAUAAAGGUCUCGUUUGGCUUGGAACACAGUCUGCAAGAAACCAUGCGAUUCCUCGUCGUUUCACUCUCACUUGUGGCUGCAGUUACCCUGUGUGCUGCUCAAGACUUCGAUGCCAGUUGCUUCAGCUAUUACCUGGAAAAUACCGAAUUCUUCGCAACCUGUCGGACCGACAGCGGCAGCGACCAGUCCACGAGCAUCGACUUGAAUAACUGCGUCGUGAAUAGAUCUGGGGCGUUGGAGUGCGUUUCCUCGAGCGGAGGCUACUCAGCUUCCUGUGAAGACUGCUCCCUCUCUGGAACUGAUCUGGACUGCACAUGCGGCAAUGGCAGUGGCGGCACCGACUCGGCGUCGGUUAACUUGAAUAACUGCCUAACCAAUAGUAAUGGAGUUCUGGUCUGUGCGUGAAGCAUUUUAUCAGUGUGAACACAAAGCCGUGGAAAGCGCGCGGCGCGGUGGUGUGCAGGACGAAUUUCAAUGUGUACCUAUGUAAACUUGUUGAAUACGAUUUUGGAAAUCUUGGCCUGUAAAAUCUCGGGAUGGGCGAACGUUUAUGGCAGUUGAGUGGGG